AUGAUUCCGUCUUAUCGUUUUCUUUCUUUCUUUCUUUCUUUCUUUCUUUCUUUCUUUCUUUCUUUCUUUCUUUCUUUAACCCAACCGCAUUCUCACCCAUCCUCAACAGUCAUCUUCCUGCCUCCAUCCCGCUUAUCUUCUGCCCACAUCGUGUUUGCUGGCCGUGGUUGUUUUCGAGUCGGUUUGAUACACUCACAUUAUGAAAAUAAUACCCAAAUGUUGGUUUUGGUUGACCUGGUAAAUAUCGAAAACGUACUCGCUCGCUCUCUCUCUCUCUCUCUCUCUCUCUUUCCCUCUCUCUCUCCCUUUCUCCCCCCCUCUCUCUCUCUCAUACAUGCAUGCGGGAAGAUAUACUCUCUCUCUCUCUUUAUCUAUCUCAUACAUGCAUGCGAGAAGAGAUACUGUCUUUCUCCUCCCUCUCUCUCUCUCUCAUACAUGCAUGCAGGAAGAUAUACUCUCUCUCUCUCUCUCAUACAUGCAUGCGAGAAGAGAUACUGUCUUUCUCCCCCCUCUCUCUCUCAUACAUGCAUGCGGGAAGAUAUACUCUCUCUCUCUCUCUCUCUCUCGCAUACAUGCAUGCGAGAAGAAGAUACUCUCCCCCUCUCUCUCUCCCCUCUCUCUCUCAUACAUGCAUGCGGAAAGAUAUACUCUCUCUCUCUCUCUUAUCUAUCUCUCAUACAUGCAUGCGAGAAGAGAUACUGUCUUUCUCUCCCCCUCUCUCUCUCUCUCUCUCUCUCACAUGCAUGCGGAAAGAUAUACUCUCUCUCUCUCUCUCAUACAUGCAUGCGAGAAGAGAUACUCUCUUCUCUCUCCCUCUCUCUCUCUCUCUCAUACAUGCAUGCGGAAGAUAUGUCUCUCUCUCCCUCUCUCUCUCAUACAUGCAUGCGAGAAGAGAUACUGUCUUUCUCCCCCUCUCUCUUUCAUACAUGCAUGCUCUCUCCCCUCUCUCUCUCUCUCUCUCUCUCUCUCUCUCUCAUACAUGCAUGCGAGAAGAGAUACUGUCUUUCUCUCCCCCUCUCUCUCAUCAUGCAUGCUUCUCUCUCUCUCUCUCAUACAUGCAUGCGAGAAGAGAUACUGUCUUUCUCUCCCCUUCUCUCUCUCUCAUACAUGCAUGCUCUCAUACUCUCUCUCUCUCUCUCUCUCUCAUACAUGCAUGCGAGAAGAGAUACUGUCUUUCUCUCCCCCUCUCUCUCUCUCAUACAUGCAUGCGGGAAGAUAUACUCUCUCUCUCUCUCUCUCUCUCAUACAUGCAUGCGAGAAGAGAUACUGUCUUUCUCUCCCCCCUCUCUCUCUCAUACAUGCAUGCGGGAAGAUAUACUCUCUCUCUCUCUCUCUCUCUCUUCAUCUCUCUCUCUCUCUCCCCCCUCUCUCUCUCAUGCAUGCGAGAAGAUAUACUCUCUCUCUCUCUCUCUCUCUCUCUCAUACAUGCAUGCUCCCCUCUCUCUCUCAUACAUGCAUGCGGGAAGAUAUACUCUCUCUCUCUCUCAUACAUGCAUGCGAGAAGAGAUACUGUCUUUCUCUCCCCCCUCUCUCUCUCAUACAUGCAUGCGGGAAGAUAUACUCUCUCUCUCUCUCUCUCUCUCUCUCUCUCAUACAUGCAUGCGAGAAGAGAUACUGUCUUUCUCUCCCCCUCUCUCUCUCUCAUACAUGCAUGCGGGAAGAUAUACUCUCUCUCUCUCUCAUACAUGCAUGCGAGAAGAGAUACAGUCUUUCUCUCCCCCUUUCUCUCUCUCUCAUACACGCAUGCGGGAAGAGAUACUCUCUUUCCCUCUCUCUCUCAUACAUGCAUGCGGGAAGAGAGAUAGAGAACCUCUUCUUCCUCUUUCAGUCUUUUUACUCCAUCAUCUUUUUUCUUGUUUAGUCAUCCGACUUUCUCCUUAUACCCUCUUCUAUCGAAAGCAUCAGUGCGUCCCAGAAAUUGACCUUCCCACACCUUCUUCUUCUUCUUCUUCUUCUUCUUCUUCUUCUUCUUCUUCUUCUAUCCCUGGAAAUCUAUCUAUCUAUCUAUCUAUCUAUCUAUCUAUCUCAGUCUAUUAA